AUGGCUGCAACAUCAUUAAAAGUAGUAGAAAAUCAACUUGAUGAAAUAACAGCAUUCCAACAGAUGGCAUCAGCAGGUGUUGGAGGUUUUUUAACAUCAUUAUCAAUGAAUCCAAUGGAUGUUGUUAAAGUUCGUCUUCAAAAACAAAUGCAACCAUUUGCUAAUGGGCAAUGUUAUUUAUAUUAUAAUGGACUUUUAGAAAGAUGGUGUACUUCAUGUUUAAGAAAUAAUUCAAGAGUAGAAGAUUGUGAAUGGUUUUCUAGGCCAGGAAAUUUUACCGGAACAAUUGAUGCAUUUAAAAAAAUAAUUCGAAAUGAAGGAAUUCUUAGUUUAUGGAGUGGAUUAUCAACUUCUAUAAUUCAUUCUAUACCAACAACAAUAAUUUACUAUAGUGCAUAUGAUUCUAUGAAUACAUAUAUUAAAAAAAAAUACGGUGAUUAUAUUUUAACUCCAUUAUUUUGUGGUGCUUUUGCCAGAACAUUUGCUGUUACAAUAGUUUCACCAGUAGAAAUGUGUAGGACAAAAAUGCAAUCAGAAAAAUUAAGUUAUAGAAAUCUUAGUAGGGUUAUAAAAGAUACAGUAUAUAAAGAAGGUAUUUUAUCUCUUUGGAGGGGAUGGUCUGCAACAUUAAGUAGAGAUGUCCCAUUUUCAGCUAUUUAUUGGGUGUCUUAUGAAGCAAUGAAUAAAAAAUUAAGACAUUUUUAUAAUAUAAAAGAAAAAACUCUUUCUAUAAAUGCUACUUGUGGUGCAAUAUGUGGAGCUUUUACAGCAGCAAUAACAACACCUUUUGAUGUUGUAAAAACACAAAGAGAAAUAACAUUAGGAAAUUUAGAAAUAAAAAAUCCUCAAAUAAAGGAUGUUAGAAGUGCAUCAAUUAAAGAGAUAUUUGGUCAAAUUUGUAAAAAUCUCGGUCCAUCACAUUUGUUUACCGGUGUUGUUCCAAGAAUUGCUAAAAUUGCACCAGCUUGUACAAUAAUGAUAAGUACAUACGAGUAUUUAAAAAAUUAUUUUGUUCAUUUAAAUAUUAAUAAUAAACAAAAUUUUCGUUAA